AUGCACUCUGCAGCGCUCAUACUCCUCUUCUCCCUGGCUCAUCUGACCCUCGGGACUCCAGUAGCCAGUCCUGCAUCUGAAUUGGCCGUUGCAGCUCCCAAACCAAUCGCCACCCACAAACUCCUAGACUUUGAAGAUGGCCCCGAGCCCAACAUAUUCUCAUUUCUAUUCCCCGAAUUGAACAAGAUAGGCAAGAAAGCCGGCCUGAACUGGCAGGGCUUCAUCUACGGAGGAGGAGAAACAGAUCCCAUAAUUGGAGUCAAACCUCAAUCUGGAACCCAUGUGGCAGCCUAUGGUCUCGGCACUGGAGCCAAAGGACUCGAUGGUCCAGCAAUCCUUACCCCUCUUCCCGGAUACGACACCUUCGACAUUGAUUCCUUCUAUUUCGCCUGUGUGUUCGAAACGGCCGCAAACACCCCCGGAAUCAGCGUGACCGAUAGCUGCUCGGUGGUUUUCAAGGGCUAUAAGCCUGGCUCUGAAAAGGUCUUCGGGACGACUAGGACUUUCAAGCGGGGAUCUGGAGAGACACAGGACAUGGAAAAGGCCACCUUCGACAAAGAUGAAUUGAGGGGGCUGGAGAGAUUGGAAAUGCUACUCUACAACGAUAACGAUGUGGCUGGUUCUGUGAAAGCUACGUUGAGCGCGCUGCUUCUUGAUAAUUUUGGCUAUACGCUGUAUAGUAAGAAGAAGGUGUAA